AUGUUCGAAGUGCAAGUCGUGCGGCACCGACGAGACAGCGGCGCGCGUCGGGGCCUUCAGGCACUCCGCCGAUGCUUUGCGCUGACUGUAGACGACCGCUACCUGACGCUACGCGCGAGUCCGUCUACAACUGCCACUGUGCUUUGCAUCCCGCACAACGACAUCAAGUGCGUGCGCGUUCGAGGACGACUCUUGCGCGCUGACACACUCAACGACGGCAAUGCCCUGACCGUUCGGCUGCGCGAUCGAGAAGAGGCUCUACGAGCGGCCGAGUUGAUGAUGGACACGUGGGGGAUUGACCCUCUUGUGGAAAACUCGGCAGUGCCUUUGACCACGUCGGAGGAACAAGACGACUGUGCUGGACUGGCUCUGCUCGUGAAGCAUUACGUGAACAACCGGCGCUUUCGACAGCUCGUGUACCAGCUCCACGACCACAUUGACACUGCUGUGGCACAGGAAGGCUUCAGCCGUGCGACGUAG